GAUUUUGAAGUGCAGGAGUCUCAACACUGAGGACGUGUUGGUCUCCUGUGAGUCCAUAGUGGUGUUGUUGUUGUUGUUGUUGUUGUUGUGGCGUUUUUGACGUCGGAAGCCUCUCCUGUAGCUCUGCGGACGGACACACGGACACACAGUGGCAGACAGAGAUGUCCGGUUUCAGCGCCGAGCUCAUAGACUACCUGGAGGGAAGGAUCACGUUUGAGGAGUUUGACAAACGGAGGGAUGAACGGAAAGCCAAGGAGUCCGAGGCUUUAGCUGAAGAUGUGGAGGAUGAUGCUCAGCCCUCUACCUCUGCACAGAUACCGGGGUCCAUGGAGGAGGGAGUCAGCCCCGGGGUGCAGCUGGCCUUCGCCUCCAUGCUGGGAGAAACACCAGAACCACCGUCCUCAGACGAUGAGGAGGAGGAAGAGGAGGACAGCUUGAGCUAUGUUGAUGACGAAGAUGAUCAGGAUUACAAGGUGGAGGAAGAGGAGGGAGGAAAGGUGAAGGUGGAGGAGACACAGAAGAGCCAGCGGCGAGGGGGGAAAGGAGGGAGAGGGAGAGGGAAGGGUCGCAGGAGGAGGAGGAGAGAGGAGGAGGAGGAGGAAGAGGAUCCGACGGUUGGAGACGUGUUCGCGCUGGAGAUGGAGCUGAACCGAGAAAACAAGAAGAUGAUGAAGGAGCGGCGUCAUCGGAGCAAGCUGCCCCGCGCUCUGAGGGGCUUGAUGGGAGAAGCCAACAUCCGCUACGCCAGAGGAGAGAAAGAGGACGCCAUCUUGAUGUGUAUGGAGAUCAUAAGACAAGCUCCUCUGGCCUACGAACCGUUCUCCACGUUGGCUAUGAUCUACGAGGACGAUGAAGAACGGGAGAAAGCGCUGCAGUUUGGUUUGAUCGCCGCCCACCUGAACCCGUCCGACUGCGAGGAGUGGAUCAGGCUGGCAGAAAUGUCUCUGGAGCAGGACAACAUCCGACAGGCCAUCGUCUGCUACACGAAGGCCAUUAAGUACGACCCCACCAACGUGCGUUACCUGUGGGAGCGCUCCAGCCUCCACAUGCGCCUGGGCGAGCACAAACAUUGCAUGGACGGCUACCGCAGGAUCCUGUCACUGCUGCCGAUGGAGGACGGAGAGCACUUCAUGCAGCUGUCCAAGGACAUGGCCAAGAGUUACUAUGAGAGCAGUGACUUGCCCUCAGCUCUGGGUGUUAUAGAGGACGCUCUGGCGCGACACCCCAGCCUGGUCAGCGAUGACUUCAUCAACAUGGCAGCUGAGCUCUUCAUCGCCAACCGCCAGUACGAGAAGGCCCUGCAGGUCUUGGUCCAGUUUGCAGCUAUAGUUUUGGUCAGGGAUGAAAUCAAAUCUGACUUGGAGGAACCAGCACCAGAAGAGGAAGUGGCAGAGAAGACGACUGAGGAGCAGGAGGAGAGUAAUGAAGAAAGUACAAAGUCGAAGACCGUAGAGGAAACGGCAAAAGAGGAGAAGGGGGUAAUUAAGGAUGUACAGGUACCAGACAGCGUCCCAGUGGACCUGAGGGCCAAGCUCAUGGUCUGCCUCAUACACCUGCAUGACUACACACCGCUGGAGGGACUGGUGUCAUCGCUGAUGGAGCAGAGUCCGGAGGAGAUCGGUGACUUGUACCUGGAUGUAGGGGAAGCCUACCUGGAGGAGGGCGAGUACAUGUCCGCUCUGCCACUGCUGUCUGCCCUCGUCAUAUCCGAAAAGUUCAACCUGGCUGUCGUCUGGCUCCGACAUGCAGAGUGUCUGAAGGCGCUGGGCCACAUGGAGGUGGCAGCAGAAAGCUACACUAAGGUGGUGGAGAUGGCUCCGCAGCACCUGGAGGCCCGGCUCUCCUUGGCCACCCUGCAGCAGCAGCUUGGCCGGCCAGAUCGCGCCCUCAAGGCCCUGGAGUCCAUGUACGACAGCGAAACACUGGCACAGGACUCGUCAGCCGCACAGAAGGAAUUAAAGCUGCUGCUGCACCGUUCCACACUUCUGAAGACUCAGGGACAAACACAGGACUACCUGGAUGCUAUGAUCACUAUGAUCUCCAUGCUACUGAAGGUGGCCAUGCAGCGAGCUAAGGUGUGUGUGCGCUCUGUAACCAUGUCAGGCGAGAAUCACCUCAGGCUGGUGAAGGGCACAGACAUGCUGCCAGAAAUUGCUGACCAUGAAGCUGCCUAUCUGGACAACACUGGUAAAACCAACGUGCUGUCCAAAGAGGACUGGUGGCAGCUGCUGGUGAGCUGCGUCCGGACUCUGUGUGAGGUGAAGCGCUAUGAGGAGGCCGAGCUGCUGGUGGAGUCCGCCAUGGAGUUCUACUCCUUCUACGACAACAAGCCCAGGAGGAAGGAGCUGGAGUUCUUCGGCCUGUCCGCCACCAUCCUGGACCACAACCACUACAAGGCCUACAACUACAUCAGAUUGAUGCUGAUGGAAAAUGUGCAUCUGCCUCAGCUUUGGAAUAUUUUCAACCAGCUCACGAUAACCUCCCAGCACCAGCGCCACCAUCGCUUCUGUCUGCGUCUGCUGUUAAAACACCCUGACAACCACGCCUUGUGUGUCCUCUGCGGACACAACGCCAUGGUGUCGGGAAGCUUCAAACAUGCUCUGGGUCAGUAUGUUCAGGCCUUCCAGACUCACCCCAACAACCCACUCCACAGCCUGUGUGUGGGUCUCACCUUCUUCCACAUGGCAGGUCAGAAGUAUGUAGCCAAACGACAUACGCUGGUGCUGCAGGGUUUCUCCUUCCUGUGGCGGUACGUGGAGCUGCGUGGAGUGUGUCAGGAGACCAUGUACAACCUGGGCAGAGCGCUGCACCAGAUGGGCCUCACACAUUUGGCUAUACAUUACUACCAGAAGGCGCUUACACUGCCUGCACAGAAACUGGAGGGUAUCCCAGAUGAUCAUGUGGAUCUGAGGAGGGAGAUCGCCUUCAACCUCUCCCUCAUCUACCAGGCCAGUGGGAACAUGGAGAUGGCCCGGCAGCUCAUCGACACACACUGCAUCAUUUGAAAGUGCACACAAAGGCCUCAUCAUCUGUGCCAGGGUUGUUGAUUGUGAGACUUAGUUUAAGUGACUGCAAGUGCCUUGUAGAAAUAUGGAGGACAAAAAAUGACAAAUUCAUACAUAAAUAAAUGCUGAAAUAAAUAAAUAAAUAUUUUCAUUAACAAAUAAAACCUGAAAUGAAUGCAAAAAUAAGUAAAUGCAGAAGGGAAUAAUGCGUUAAUGUUGGUAAUUAAUUAGCAAAAAUUUGAAUUUCUACUUUAUUACAUUUAUCCUGUAUUUCAAGAAAUUACAUUUCUUUAUGUAUUUCUACUCCCCUAUAUUUAUUGAUUUAUGUAGGCUAAUGAGGUAAAUGGUACUUCAACUGCACUAUAAAGCACAGUUGGUCACAGGAUAGUUUAAGUAGAAUUACUUUCAACUUGUGGUGUACAAAGCCGAGCUGACUGGUUCGCAUGCUACUUAUUGUUAGCUUGAUCAGAUAACUCAACCCUGGUUUUUCCGGCUGACCAAUCGUGUUUUACAGCGAGGUUAGUAUCACCACACUUUGUUAAGAUACAGACAGAGAUAACAGAAAAAAUAAAUUAACGUAGAAAUGUAUUGAAUAAAUUAUUUCACAAUUCAUUUCCAACAUGUAUUUGUGUAUUUUACUCUGCAUUUAAUCAUUCAUUUAACAUUUAAUUUAUGUAUUUAUUAUUUAAUUUAUUUAUAUUUCUCUAUUUAUUUCAGCAUUUCUAUGUGUAUUUAUUUGUGAACUCGUCGUAACAUGUACAUUCAUACAUGUUAUGUCAGUUGAGAUGUAAAUAUAUGCGAUGUAUAUAUACGACAGUGUGAUUUACUAUGUUUUAGUAGUAUUUAUACUUUUCCAGCUGUGGGGGCACUGGAGCUAAAUGAAUGUAGACAUUCUUUUUAUUAUCACAUCAACAAAUAGACCUACAUCACUUUAACUUUGAAGUAGUAAUUUAUCUGUUUUUCUGACAUAAUUUUGCUCCAGUUUCAAGUCAGCAGAUUUUGGAUUUUCUUUUGUAGGAUUCAAUUUAGUUUGUAUUAUUUGUACAUGUUUCGACAGUUCUGUUGUAAAAAAAAAAUCAACAUUUUCAACCAGUAAUGCUCUUAUAACCCAUUUUGUAAAGACUUCUAUUUUUUGAUGAUACAGUUUCAGUCUGUUUAUAUAUUUUUAAAUCAUAAAGGUGAGUGUGAUGCUG